CUGGCUGUUCUUCAUGAGUCGGGAAGAAGGAGGAUCACUCAGGGUUAUCGACAGCGGAGCUGAGGACUGGCAACAUUGCUGAAUUGUCAUCUGCUUUUGGACAUUAUUUACAUGCACGAUUUUUUAAAAGCCCUGCUAGAUACUUUUUAAGAAAAGGAACUUGCUUCAAGGUUUCUCUCAGCAACAUCUCUUCAGAUAUGCUAGGCACCCACCAAAGUUUCCACCUGUAUAAAGAAACCGCUGUAAUCUAAUUCUUCCUGUCUGGUUUGGAACACGUGUCACAAUAACUUCAGUCCCCCAUGUACAUAUAUGUACAGUACUGACUGCAUUUAGGUCUCUACUGAUUACAGCUAUCGAGGCACAUUGUGAAGGAUUUAGAGAUGUAUUUGUCAAGAUUCUUGUCACUUCAUGCCCUUUGGGUUACUGUGUCUUCAGUCAUGCAGCACUAUCCUUCAGUGUGGGGACAUUAUGAUGUAUGUAAGACCCAGAUUUACACAGAGGAUGGGAAAUUUUGGGAUUACACGGCCUGUCAGCCAGAAGCCAUAGAUAUGAUGAGAUAUGUGAAAGUAAACUUGGAUCCUCCUGAUAUAACAUGUGGAAAUCCGCCUGAGAACGUCUGUGGAAUGGGGAACCCCUAUAUGUGCAAUGAAUGUGAUGCAGCCAUAGAUGAACUGGCACAUCCGCCUGAACUGAUGUUUGAUGUUGAAGGAAGGCAUCCUUAUACCUUUUGGCAGUCUACUACAUGGAAAGAUUACCCAAAGCCUCUCCAGGUUAAUAUAACUCUCUCUUGGAACAAAACUAUCGAACUAACAGACAACAUAGUAAUCACCUUUGAAUCCAGCCGUCCAGACCAAAUGAUCCUAGAGAAAUCGCUUGACUAUGGUCGAACAUGGCAGCCCUACCAAUAUUAUGCUACAGACUGUUUAAACGCUUUCAAUAUGGAACCAAAAACAGUGAGGGAUUUAUCCCAACACACAGUCCUUGAAAUCAUUUGCACAGAAGAAUAUUCUACGGGGUACAUGUCAAACAGUAAAAUCAUCCAUUUUGAGAUUAAGGAUAGAUUUGCAUUUUUCGCUGGGCCCCGACUUCAUAAUAUGGCUUCCUUGUAUGGCCAGCUUGACACAACCAAGAACCUAAGAGAUUUCUUUACUGUCACAGACUUGAGGAUAAGACUGCUCAGGCCAGCAACUGGGGAAAUAUAUGUAGAUACUGAUCAUCUGACCCGAUACUUUUAUGCAAUCUCAGAUAUAAAAGUAGUUGGAAGAUGCAAGUGUAACCUACAUGCCACUGGCUGCAAAGAAGAAAACAAAAAAUUAUUAUGCGAAUGUGAGCACAAUACAACAGGCCCGGACUGUGGGAAAUGCAAAAAGAACUAUCAGGGCCGACCUUGGAGUCCCGGCUCAUAUCUACCCAUUCCAAAGGGCACAGCAAAUAUCUGUAUUCCCAGUAUAUCCAGCAUUGGUACUCCUCCAAAGUUUGAUAGGAUAUUGCCGAAUAUAUCUUCCCUUGGGGUUUCUAACCCAAAUCAAGUUGGUCCAAAAUUAUCUUUGUCUACUGUUUCUUCUAUUCAAGUUGCAAACCACAAGAGAGACUGUGAAUGCUUCCGCCACUCCAACCGGUGCACUUACAUCGAACUGCUCAGUACAGUCGUUUGUGUGAGCUGUAAACACAAGACUAGAGGGCAGCACUGUGAGUUGUGCAGGCUGGGCUACUUCAGAAAUGCUUCUGCAGAGCUGGACGAUGAGAAUGUAUGCAUAGAAUGUAAUUGUAACCCUAUUGGCUCAGUCGGUGAUCGCUGUAAUGAAAAAGGAAUUUGUCAGUGUAAGGAGGGAACUACAGGGCCUAAGUGUGAUAAGUGUCUCCCGGGAUAUAACUGGCACAUCCAGGGUUGCCAAUCAAACGUGUGUGACAAUGAACUUCAGAUUUGCCAGAAUGGAGGAACUUGCCACAACAACGUACGCUGCCUCUGCCUUCCCAGCUACACUGGAGUAUUGUGUGAGAAGCUGAGUUGUGAAAAGGAUUCGCAAAGCUGCAGUCAAGGCUCCAAGAAUGGGGCAGUAUCAUUACAACCACUGGGACUUCUAUUACCCCUGGUUGCUCUAUUAGGAUUAAGUGAGCUUUUUGUAUUCUAGGCUAUGCAGCUAUGGAGGCAUCGUCUUUAGACUGCUUUAAAAGGAAUGUGCCACAAGAAAGGAAAGAAAGGAAAAUUACAACAGCAGCAGCAGCAACAGCAAGCAUUUGCUAAUAAAUCUUUUUUUUAAAAAUUAAAAGGGGGGAAAGUAAAAUCUCCACAUAUAUAGACUGGAAAGGCCUAACAGAACUAAGCCAUAUCUAUCCAUUGUGGACAACACAGCGAGUCAAGACUGUUAUUUUCUGAGUCCAGUUCAGUGAGCAGCUGUCAAUACUAUUACUGCUAAUCACGAUGCCGGCUGCAGACUCUUACACAGGAUCAAAAAAGGCUUUGAGGACCCCAUGGAUGGGAACACAAAAAAUACCCCCACGAAACCUUGCUCCUCCAAUCUGGUGUACGACUGUACCUCUUCCCAGUGUGUGGACCAACCAAAUAGAGGCAUUCUUUGCUGUCAGUGCUUUGUGGGUAUAAGGAAAUCAGUUUCAAAGCUGCCAUAUUGGCCUGCUUCAACCCCCGAAUCCCCUUCCAACUGUGCUUUAGUGAACGUUACUCUGUAACCCUUGUUGGUUGAAGAUUUCUUUGUCUGAUGUUAGUAAUGCACAUGUGUCCCUCCUCAAUAAAUCUCAAGCCAGUCAUACCCUUGUAUAUCUUAGAUGCACUGCAUCAGUUUGAUACGGUGUUCACCUAUUGUACAAGAGUGGCUAUAGGACAAAAAAGAGUGUAUUUAUCCUUUUGUAUUCAAAUGAAGUUAUUUUUCUUGACUAAUGUAAUACGUAGAUUUUUGUAUUAUUGCCAAUUUGUGUUAACAGACAGUUUAUUAAUGUACUUUAAUCCUAAUCUGGUAAAGGGGGAAGUUAUGUUUUAUUUUAUCUUUAUUUAUGCUUUUGCUUUUCAUUUAAUUGUGCAGAGAUUUCUCUGUAUGGGCAACGUGCUGGCAUCAAAGAAUAUCAGUUUACAUAUUAUAGCAAGUGUAAUAAGAUUCCACCAAAGGACAUUCUAAAUGUUUUCUUGUUGCUUUAACACUGGAAGAUUUAAGAAAAUAAAAAUUCCUGCGUAAACUA